UCCUUUUAAUUUUUGCAACUUUUAAUACUUUUGAAGACUUUGGUGACAUUCUGACAAAAAAGGGAAACAGAACUUGGUGCCAUCUGAUCAAAUGAUUGCUGCCAGGUUGUUAUCUCAAGGCAGUCUGGUAACAUGGGAUGAGAGGUGUCUUGUCUUUCCAAGGUACUGAUGGCCUUAAUUCUAUAGCUCACCGGCCGGGAGUCUUUCUUGGACCUGCCAUUGCUACUCCACUGCAAAAGCAGCAGAACAAGAUUCAGGUUAGCCCACUAUACUAUCUGCUUUCAAGGAAGAAAAUCCGUUGGGAAUGGAUGCAAUGUCAUCUGAAGAAUAUGCUUCGCAGUCGAAGUUGCUGCAAGAAUUCACCAAUGUCCCUAGCAUUGGAAGUGCCUGGCUUUUCAAGACAAACAAUGAAGACAGAUCCACAGCAAUGUUUUCCAUUAGCCAACCGGACCUGCUGGCGAACAACAAGAGGAAAUGUAUUUUGCAUUCUCACAUUGUGACACGUGCAACCAUGCCUGUCGAGUGUCACUGGUCUCCUUUCCCUACUGAAAUGACAGGAGUGUCGGUUGUCGUUCCAUCCCCUUCGGGGUCGAAGCUUCUUGUGGUGCGGAAUGGGGAGAAAGGUUCACGUACAAGACUUCAGAUUCUUAAUCAAUCACAUGUGCAGAAAGAGAUACAUGUUGAUCAGUCUAUCCAUGGUCCACUUUAUUCAGAUGAGUGGUUUCAGGGGAUUUCCUGGAACCAAGAAGAAACUUUCAUAGCGUACAUCGCUGAACAGACACCUCAACCAAAACCAGCUUUCGACGAUAUCGGGUAUAGGAGAGGAGGCUCUUCUGAAGAAGACUGUAAUAGCUGGAGGGGACAGGGGGAUUGGGAAGAGGAUUGGGGUGAAACUUACUCCAGAAAGGGGAGACCCUCACUGUUUGUUCUUGAUAUUGCCAGCGGAGAAGUACGUGCUGCUAGAGGCAUUACAAAAUCAAUGAGUGUUGGUCAGGUUGUUUGGGCUCCGCCAUCUUCAAGAGGCCGUCAAAAUCUUUUGGUCUUUGUCGGAUGGUUAGAACGCAACGGGUUUCAGAGCACCGCUAGAAAACUCGGCAUCAAGUACUGUUCUAACAGGCCAUGUUCUCUCUAUGCGAUUCAUUCCCCUUUUGAAGAAGAACCAAAUGCCGAAGACACGUCCGUUAGUGGUAGUAAAUCAUCAUCUGCUUCAGUGGCAACUAACUUAACCCCAAUCAUAAGCAGCGCUUUCUUUCCACGGUUCAGCAAGGAUGGAAAACUCCUGGUGUUUCUAUCCUCAAAACGUGCAGUAGAUAGUGGAGCGCAUAAUGCCACGGAUUCACUGCAUCGGAUCAACUGGCCUUCUGACUGGAAAGCAGAUCAACAACUCAGCGCGACCGAUGUGGUUCCUGUUGUAAUGUGCCCUCAAGAUGGAUGUUUUCCUGGGCUAUACUGCUCAUCCAUGCUGUCUGAUCCUUGGCUUUCUGAUCAUCGCACGAUGGUAUUGACAUCUGCUUGGAGAAGCACUGAAGUGAUACUGUCAAUAGAUGUGUUAAGUGGGGAAGUAACCAGGAUAACUCCAGAAGACUCAGAUCACUCAUGGAGCGCCCUCGCAAUAAGUGGCAACAAUGUCCUCUCUGUGUCGAGUAGUCCCAUCGACCCUCCUCAAAUCAGGUAUGGCCGUCGAGCAUCAACAGAGGAUCAUGGUACACAUGCAUGGGUCUGGGACGAAGUUACGAGCCCGUUGACAGCAGCCAGUAACAAGGUUAAGGCUUUGCUAUCUGGUCACAAAUUGAGCAUACUCAGAAUCCCGGUCCCUAACCCCUCCGUUGAACUCUCUGACGGUGGUCAGCUUCCAUUUGAGGCCAUCUUUGUGUCCUGCGAGGAUGGUUCACAGAAACCAACUGUUUUGAUCCUUCAUGGUGGCCCGCACUCGGCAUCUGUAUCAAGCUAUUCAAAAUCAUCGGCGUUUCUCGCGUCACUCGGGUUUAACCUGCUUGUCGUAAAUUAUAGAGGUACGCUGGGUUAUGGGGAGGAGGCUUUGCAGUCACUCCCUGGGAAGGUUGGAUCACAGGAUGUCAAAGAUUGUCUUGCGGCGCUAGACCACACGAUCAAGGAAGGACUGGUGGAUGCAUCCAAAGUAGCGGUUGUCGGGAUCUCGCACGGUGGCUUCUUGACAACCCAUUUAAUUGGCCAGGCUCCCGAGAGGUUUGCCGCGGCGGCGGCUCGAAACCCUGUGUGUAACCUGUCACUGAUGAUUGGCACCACAGACAUCCCAGAUUGGUGCUACGCCGUGGCCUGCGGGGCUGAAGCGAGACGCCUUGCCUCUGAAUCACCUCCACUUGACCAUCUUCGAAUCCUGCACCAGAAAUCACCAAUUGCCCACAUUUCAAAAGUGAAAGCGCCUUUGCUUAUGCUUCUCGGGGGAGCGGAUCUUCGGGUGCCCGCUUCCAAUGGCCUACAGGUGCGCGCAUCCAUAGCUUUUGACAUGUACGCAAGGGCUCUGAGAGAAAGAGGAGUCGAGAUCAAAACCAUCAUGUUCCCAGAGGACACGCACGAAAUCGAUAUACCGCGGUCGGACUUCGAGAGCUUCCUCAACAUGGGAGUCUGGUUCAGGAAACAUCUGAAGCAGAUCUGACCCAGAGAGUUUCGGGAGCUUCCUCGACAUAGCCACAGAACUUCGAAGCUUCUUGGCGAUUUUGUCUUUUUUGUGAGGCGACUGAAGCAUUUUGAGGAUCGACAACUAGUAUAUAUUUCUCCCAAAUUAUGAGCGUAAAGAGAUUGAUAAAAAUGAACAGCAUCAGUCUGUGGUUAUUGGUUGACGCAGCCUGGGCAAUGUGAGUUUAACUUCUGUUU